AUGAAACAGCAGAGUUGGUACAGCGCUAAUAAGAAAAAGUCCUCACAUAACAAUUUGAACAAAAUCAGUGCAGAGAACAAUAUACUCCGUGAGCGCUUACGAGUCGCUACCGAUAAACAGCAUCAGGAAAUGUCAAGAGCUAUAGACCUAAAAGAAAAAAACGACGCUCUUCAGGCCAGACUACACCAGGCCAAAUUAGAAGCCUUUAAAUUAAAAGAACUUAACAUCAAAUUGAAAAACAUCGUGACAUGA